AUGGAAUUGGUUUCAAAUGGUGCAAGAGGAGCACCUGGCUUAUAUGCCACUCUUACACUCAGCAGGACAAAACAGAGCAUUCGCAAUGCCAGAUCAUUGGUGCACAGCAGCAGCUUCACUUUGAACAAACGAGAAGAUGCAGAAAGAGAUGGACAGUAUCUGCAGGGAAUAAAACGACUUAGAAGACUUUACUGUAACGUGGGCAUCGGCUUCCAUAUUCAGGUCCUACCAAAUGGAAGAAUAACAGGAGUACACAAUGAAAACAAAUACAGCCUUUUAGAAAUUUCUCCAGUGGAAAGAGGAGUUGUGACUUUGUAUGGAGUCAGUAGUGGUCUGUUCAUCGCCAUGAGUGACAGGGGGAAACUUUAUGGUUCGGGUAGCUACAGAGAUGACUGCAAGUUCAAGGAGAACCUCCUGGCCAACAACUAUAAUGUCUAUGAAUCAGCUUCCCAUCCUGGAAUGUACAUUGCUCUCAGCAAGAUUGGGAAAACCAAGAGAGGCAACCGUGUGACGCCCACAAUGACCAUGACACACUUUCUCCCCAGAACAUAA